AACCAAUCAUUCUACAAUCACAAGUGUACAUGAACAGUUGAAGUUUUGUGGCAAUGUUCUACGCUCUCAUGAUUUAUACCAUCAAUCGUUCUGACUACGACAAUACUUGGCUCAAAGACAAUCAGUGGUGGCUCAGUGACAAUUGGAGUGACAGUAAUUCCCCUCGCUUCGAACACCAGCAGAGAUAACGAAAGCUCCCGCCUGCAGCUCUCAUUCGCUGAUCAGAGGAUUUUUUCAAAGUCGCCGACAAACGGUCAAUCGCCCGCAACCCGCGUGGACAAAUCGACAUAUUCGAAGAAGGAUUGAAGUGAGAAUGGCGCAAGUGCAAGAGAUGAGUCUCCCGUCGCUGUCGGUGGGGCAGGAUAAGUCGGACUACCUGUCGCUGACGAUGGCGGCUCUUCGGCUGGUCAACCCCUGGGCGGCCGCCGAGCCCGCCUGGCGCCCGGAGCCCGAGGACGCUCGCGACCGCGUCAUCACCCUGGCCGAGGUCGCCUGCCACGACACUUACAACGACUGCUGGGUCGUGAUCUAUGAUCGCGUCUACAACAUCACCGGCUUUUUCAAUGAGCACCCCGGUGGCGCAGACAUAAUGCUGGAGUACGCGGGGCGCGACGCCAGCGUGGCCUACCGCGGCUCCGGCCACUCCCGCAUGGCUGCUAAAGCGCUAGAUCGCUUCCUCAUCGGCGAGCUGCCGAUGCACGAGCGCAUGUACCGCCGCCCCGGAGGCAUGAGGCUCAGCGAUAUACCCGACUAGCCUCGAGCGCUUUACGCUAUCUGGAGAUAGGAAGAAGCUUAUAACAUUCCGCCAAAAGGUUACUAAGUUGAGUUGCCAGUCGAAUAUCAGUAGUACUUAUAUUUUUAGUUGUUAUGUAUUUCCGAUUUCGGUUUCAACCGGUAUUCUUAUUUUCCCGUUUAGA